GACACAGAAUUUCCAGGUGUUGUAGCGCGACCAAUUGGAGAAUUCCGAAGUAAUGCAGACUAUCAGUACCAACUAUUGCGCUGUAAUGUAGAUUUGCUGAAGAUCAUACAGCUGGGCCUGACAUUUGUAAAUGAACAGGGCGAGUACCCUCCAGGCACUUCCACGUGGCAAUUCAACUUCAAAUUUAAUCUUACAGAAGACAUGUAUGCUCAAGACUCAAUAGAACUCCUUACAACUUCCGGCAUCCAGUUUAAAAAACAUGAGGAGGAAGGAAUUGAUACAAUGUACUUUGCAGAAGUUCUUAUGACAUCCGGUGUAGUAUUAUGCGAAGGUGUCAAGUGGCUCUCAUUCCAUAGUGGAUAUGACUUUGGCUACUUGAUCAAAAUACUUACUAAUUCCAACUUGCCUGAAGAAGAACCAGACUUCUUUGAGAUCCUACGAUUGUUCUUCCCUGUAAUUUAUGAUGUGAAAUACCUCAUGAAAAGCUGCAAAAAUCUCAAGGGCGGCUUGCAAGAAGUAGCUGAACAGUUAGAGUUGGAGCGAAUUGGGCCACAACAUCAAGCAGGUUCAGACUCCCUAUUAACAGGAAUGGCCUUUUUCAAAAUGCGAGAGGUAUGUAUUUAAAGUCAAAACAUUUAA